AUGAACGGUUCUGGCCAGUUAUCAACUGCGAGCCCUACCCUGCAGCUAGAACACAUUUUCACGCGAGCGCAUCAUAUGACAUUCUCCGCUCCCUAUUGGUCAAACGGUAAGCACUGCAUAGAUGCUUAUCCAGCACCUCCACCUUCUCUUGUCUCCCGCGCGUUGAGAGGAAGAUCAAGGCAGGCUCAAACUAAGAGUGGUAUUGAAUGCUCAAAAGCCUCGAAUGAACUGACGCCAAACGAAAGGGUUCGUCUAUUAUUGAAAAAUAUCAACUUGAAAUGUCACCGAGGAGAUGAAGCGCGGGCAUCUUUUGAGGACGCUGCACAUCUAGUGCUAGGAUACAUAUCUCCACAAAACAAAACCGCUAGUCCUUCACCUACACCAUGUUUUUCAAUUAGGGUGAAGACGAACUCUGUCUACGUUCCCCUAGUCCUUGCCCUCGAAGAUCGGAGUUAUGUACACUCCCUGCCUUUUCACUUUCCUCCAGCUACUGUGCCUCCGAUUAACCCUCACCCGCAAUUUCUUCCCCUUCUUCGUAAACUCACCCUUAAUCUAAUACCCACAGUCAAACAGGGUCUACAAGCAAUCCACCUCUUUACCACUACUAUUCCGCUUCUCAAGUCCUUCCAGAUACACCUCCUCCAAAACCAGAGAUCCCGGGAUCACAUCCGCGUUCCUCGUCUCUUAAUCUCUCGUCUUCGUCACCAAUUUGCCCGCGUUAAACGUGAGACUGAGCUGGCGAAAGGUGCGAAGCCGACCCCCGUUGUUAGGUAUGAGGUGCUAGCAGUCCGGAAAAUUGGAUGUGUGGAAUUUCGGGUAAUUGGGUUUUCUCGAUUGGCCGAGAACCCUUUCGCGAUGAACUCCGCGGUGCCAACUAAGAAUGAAAUCCAAGAUUGCGUAGCCCAGAUGAAGAGUCGUUACAUUAGACAGUGGAAGGUUCAAGACGCCGCUCUCCUGUUCGGGCCGAUGCAGAUGGCCGAGAAACUAACAAUGAAAAGCAGGGGGGGAGAGUUGGUGAACGUACGGCCGUUGAGAAGACUGAUUUAG